CCCCGGCGGCGGCCCGUCGCGUCGCGUCGCGCUGCGGAAACGUCGGAGCGAAGCCGCGCUCAGUCGGCGGCCGGAGAGGGAAGAUGGACGCAGCUACUCUGACCUACGACACUCUCCGAUUUGCUGAGUUUGAAGAUUUCCCAGAGACCUCGGAGCCUGUUUGGAUACUGGGUAGAAAAUACAGCAUUUUCACAGAAAAGGACGAGAUCUUGUCUGAUGUGACGUCGAGACUUUGGUUUACAUACAGGAAAAACUUCCCAGCCAUUGGGGGAACCGGCCCCACCUCGGACACAGGCUGGGGCUGCAUGCUGCGCUGUGGACAGAUGAUCUUUGCCCAGGCCCUGGUGUGCCGGCACUUAGGCCGAGAUUGGAGGUGGACACAACGGAAGAGGCAGCCGGACAGCUACUUCAGUGUCCUCAAUGCAUUCAUCGACAGAAAGGACAGUUACUACUCCAUUCACCAGAUAGCACAAAUGGGAGUUGGCGAGGGCAAGUCUAUCGGCCAGUGGUACGGGCCCAACACCGUCGCCCAGGUUCUCAAGAAGCUCGCUGUCUUCGACACGUGGAGCGCCUUGGCAGUCCACAUAGCGAUGGACAACACGGUGGUGAUGGAGGACAUCAGAAGGUUGUGCAGGAGCAGCCUUCCAUGUGUAGGGGCCGCUGCAUUUCCUGCAGAUUCCAGCCGGCACUGUAAUGGGUUCCCUGCUGGAGCUGAGGUCACCAACAGGCUGGCACCAUGGAGACCUCUGGUGCUUCUCAUCCCCUUGCGGCUGGGGCUCACGGACAUCAACGAGGCCUAUGUGGAGACACUGAAGCGCUGUUUUAUGAUGCCGCAGUCCCUGGGGGUCAUUGGAGGGAAGCCCAACAGUGCCCACUACUUCAUCGGCUACGUUGGUGAGGAGCUCAUCUACCUGGACCCCCACACGACGCAGCCAGCAGUGGAGUUUACCGACAGCUGCUUUAUCCCAGACGAGAGCUUCCACUGCCAGCACCCUCCCAGCAGGAUGAGCAUUGGGGAGCUCGACCCGUCCAUUGCCGUGGGGUUUUUCUGUAAGACUGAGGACGACUUUAAUGAUUGGUGCCAGCAAGUCAAAAAGCUGUCGCUGCUCGGAGGUGCCCUGCCCAUGUUUGAGCUGGUGGAGCAGCAACCUUCCCACCUGGCCUGCCCCGACGUCCUGAACCUGUCUUUAGAUUCUUCUGAUGUAGAGCGACUGGAAAGAUUCUUUGACUCAGAAGAUGAAGACUUUGAAAUCUUGUCCCUUUGAAAAUCUUGGAGUCAGGGGACAGUCUCCACUGGCCCUUGCUGGGGGUGCCUU